AUAUUGCUCACCUAAAUUAGUUGGCUAGUACAGUUGUCGUUAAACUAUUUAGGUGAGAAUUACAGGAAGGCCCUCACAAGGAGUCGAAAGGCAUGAAUAUGAAUGGCCUACACGCAGUGAUGGUGCCUUUCCCUGCGCAAGGCAGUAUCAAUCCUCUCAUUAAUUUGGCCCACCUGCUCUCUUCACGAGGGGUUUUCAUCACCUUCGUCAACACGGAGUGGAGUCAGUGCUGCAUGCCCAAAGCAGCUCAUAAAGAUGAUGAUGAUCAACUCUCCAUCUCCACAUUUAAGUUUCUGACCAUUCCAGAUGGGUUGCCGCCACAUCAUGGUCGCCUGGCCAAUCUUGCCGAAUACGUAUUGGCAAUACAAAAGCUUGGCCCAGUGUUGGAGCAUCAUUUGCGGUGCGGCUUAGCGGAGGGAACUCCUCCCAUCACCUGCAUUAUAGCAGAAAAUUCCAUGUCUUGCACUCACCAAGUGGCCUACAAACUGGGAGUGCCCCGAGUCAUCUUCUGGACAGUGUGCGCCGCCUCCUCUAUUGCUCAGUGCAACUCCAACCUUCUCCUCUCCCGCGGACAUAUUCCUGUCAAAGUGGAGGAAUCGAAGAGGCCAGACAAAGUGAUAACUUGUUUGCCUGGUAAUCUUCCGCCUUUAUUGCCGACCGAUCUGCUUUCCUUCUAUCGCAUUGCUGACACAUCGGACAUAUUGUUCCAGCACUGUCUCUACGAGUCCCAAUAUCAAAGUAAGGCAGACUAUGUGCUGGUCAAUACGUUCGAUGAACUGGAAACCCCUGAGAUGGUAAGCGCACUGUCCUGUAAUGGCUGCCCUGCUUUGGCAGUAGGGCCUGUAUUUCUUCCCAAUUUUUUAAAAGGGACGGAUUUAAACGGGAGCGCGAGUCUGUUCGAGCAGGACGACAGCUGUCUUAAAUGGCUUGAUGCCCAUCAGCCAGCUUCUGUGAUAUACGUUUCGUUCGGCAGCAUCGCCGUCAAAUCAAACGAGCAGCUGGAGGAACUGGCAAUUGGGUUGGAGAAAAGCCAACACCCCUUUCUGUGGGUUCUGCGAAUGGAUAUUGCGGGAGGUAUGCCUCCAACUCUGCCGGAAGGUUUUGAAGAGAGGACGAAACAUCGGGGACUGAUUGUAAAAUGGGCGCCUCAGGUGAAGGUUCUGUCCCACCCUGCUGUAGGAGGGUUUCUUACGCACUGCGGGUGGAACUCCUGUUUGGAGAGCAUGAGCUUCGGAAUUCCAAUGCUUGGAUGGCCGUAUUUCUGUGAUCAGUUUCUGGACUGCCGCUUCUGCAAAGAUGUGUGGAAAAUUGGCAUUGACUUGGAGGGCGUGGAUGUUGAUGAAAAUCUUGUGGUUAAGAGGGAGGAGAUAGAGAAAGGCGUGAGAAGAUUGAUGGAAGCGGAUGAGCUGAGAAAAAGGGGCAUGGGGUUGAGGGAGGCUGCAUUGAAAGCGGUUGCGCAAGGAGGUUCUUCUUCGCUCAACUUGAACCGAUUUCUUCAUGACAUUACAAAACUUUCCAAAUCGGCUUUUGUUAAAACGGCGUAGCUAUCAAAGCAUUCGUCACUCAUGCAUCUCAGUAUUCAGACAAUUUCUUCAAUGUUCUGUAUUGAUCUAGUAGUAGAUCAUUACUACAUCCUUUCUAAAUAACAGAUAUGAAUUUCUUCCA